CUCUCUGGGAAGGGCGAACUGAUGGCCAAGGCGAGACUACGAAUCCCAGCAAGCAGUACGCGACGCGAGGACGCAGGAGGAGGAGCCCGGAGCUGCAGCCACCGGGGAGCCAGCCCCUGACUUAAUGGCUGCUGUCCCUGUCUGCUGCAAGAAUGGCUUUCUCCAUCAACCUGCUUGGCUGUUGGGACUGUCUCUGUGUCUCUCCCCAGUCUCCUCCUCCUGAGCUGUGUUCCCCCAUUGGUUCACUGUGGUGAUCAGGUCCUGGGAGUCCAGGGCUUUGGCUGCUAGCCCGGAUAGCUACCUUGUGACCUGGGGGAAGUCAUUUCUUUUCCUCAUCUGGGCCUCAGGAACCUGUUCUGUGAAGUGAGGGGUCUGACCACAGGGCAGCAAAGCACCUGCUCUGAGUGGCCAUGGGGAAGCGAUACUUCUGUGACUACUGCGACCGCUCCUUCCAGGACAACCUCCACAACCGCAAGAAGCACCUGAACGGGCUGCAGCACCUCAAGGCCAAGAAGGUCUGGUACGACAUGUUCCGAGAUGCAGCUGCCAUCUUGCUGGAUGAGCAGAACAAGCGGCCCUGCAGGAAGUUUCUGCUGACAGGCCAGUGCGACUUUGGCUCCAACUGCAGAUUUUCCCACAUGUCAGAGCGAGACCUGCAGGAGCUGAGCAUCCAGGUGGAGGAGGAGAGGCGAGCCAGGGAGUGGCUACUAGAUGCUCCUGAGCUCCCCGAGGGCCAUCUGGAGGACUGGCUGGAGAAGAGAGCCAAGCGGCUGAGCUCAGCCCCAAGUAGCAGGCCGCAUGGCAUUCUCUGCUGUGGACGUGCAUAUGUAUUGAAUCAGUCCCCCACAGGUGGACACGAAGGUUAUUCCCAUUGUCUCGCAGCGCAAUGUCUGCCUGCAACCCCGCUAUUUCCUUGGGCUCAGUUCCUAGAGGGCUGAACCCAUCAGAACCACCGUCUUCCAGUACCCCGUGGGCUGGCCACCAGUUCAGGAGCUGCCUCCAUCCCUGCGGGCACCCCCACCUGGGGGGUGGCCUCUGCAGCCCAGAGUCCAGUGGGGCUGAGCCCCUUGCCCCCGAAUGACCCCCACGUGGUCACUUUUCUCAUCAGUCACAAUAGGAAGCCAAGCCCCGUUCCUGCGACGCCCCAUGGAGGCUCUGAGACCAUCUGCCUGGCCUCACUGGGGCUCAGGACACGGCCACACCAAGUGCAGCCCUCGUCCUGGGUCUGCACCGAGCAGCUCCCCCCUCACUCUCCUCCACCUGCCCCCCUGCUUCUUAAGAAGAUGGGGGAGAAAACUUCCAAAUGUUUAUAAAGAAAGUCUGUCACCACA